UUGUUGUUUUGUUUUUAAAGCAUUGGAUUCGUUUAGAGAUUUUCCCAGAUGUUCUUGUUCAUAGAUUAAAAAUGAUAGUAGAUCCUGCUGACAGUAGCUACAUGCCUUCCCUGGUUGUAGUGUCAGGUGGGAAUUCCCUAAAUAACUUAAUCGAACUGAAGACAAUCAACAUCAACCCUACUGACACUACUGUGUCCCUUCUGAAUGACUGCACAGAGUAUCACAGGUAUAUUGAAAUUGCAAUAAAGCAGUGCAGGAGUUCAGGAAUCGACUGUAAGAUCCAUGGCCUUGUCCUGCUAGGCAGGAUCAGAGCAGAGGAGGAAGAUCUCGCUGCUGUUCCUUUUCUGGCUUCAGAUAAUGAGGAGGAGGAAGAUGACAAGAGUAGCAGUGGAAG